UGCAUCGGACCGGGUCGGUCUGGGCGUUGCGGGAUUGGGGCCUGGGAUAGCUCGGCCCCGGGCAGCUAAGAAGCCCGUGACGGGGCGGAGCGGCGCCAUUCCAGCCCUGAGGCCUGCUAACCGGGACAGGCAGGCUCUGCGCGCCCCGCGGAGGUCGGCGGCGACCAGCAGCGACCGCAGAGCGACGGUGGGCGGCCCCGGGCAUGUAUGCCCCUGGAGGCGCAGGGCUGCCCGGCGGGCGCCGGCGGAGGAGUCCGGGAGGCAGCGCUCUGCCCAAGCAGCCGGAGCGUAGCCUGGCCUCGGCCCUGCCUGGCGCCCUGUCUAUCACUGCGCUGUGCACUGCCCUCGCCGAGCCCGCCUGGUUGCACAUCCACGGAGGCACCUGUUCCCGCCAGGAGCUGGGGGUCUCGGACGUGCUGGGCUACGUGCACCCGGACCUGCUGAAAGAUUUCUGCAUGAACCCCCAGACAGUGCUGCUCCUGCGGGUCAUUGCUGCCUUCUGCUUCCUGGGCAUUCUGUGCAGCCUCUCCGCCUUCCUUCUGGAUGUCUUUGGACCCAAACAUCCAGCCCUGAAGAUCACGCGUCGCUAUGCCUUUGCCCAUAUCCUCACUGUCCUGCAGUGUGCCACCGUCAUCGGAUUUUCUUACUGGGCUUCUGAACUCAUCCUGGCCCAGCAGCAGCAACAUAAGAAGUACCAUGGCUCCCAGGUCUAUGUCACCUUUGCAGUUAGCUUCUACCUGGUGGCAGGAGCUGGUGGAGCCUCAAUCUUGGCCACCGCAGCCAAUCUUCUGCGCCACUACCCUACAGAGGAAGAAGAGCAGGCUCUGGAGCUGCUGUCUGAGAUGGAGGAGAACGAGCCCUAUCCCGCGGAGUAUGAAGUCAUCAACCAAUUCCAGCCACCCCCUGCCUACACACCCUAAUGCCAGCUGGGCUCUUCCUCCACAGCCCCUCCCCCAGUGCUGCAGCUCCUCUCACACCCAGAGGGCCUGCUUCCCCAAUAGGCCUCACCGUAGGACCCUGACCAUCCUCACCAAACCUUCCCCAGGAGAGAUUCUGCCUUUAGGGUUGUCCAUGUGUCCCUCCUCCCAAAAGCUGGGAUCCAGCAACUUUAUAUAAUGCCUUCUCCUUUCUGCCACCCUCUGUUCCCGUCCAUUCACUAGUCACUACCAACCAGGGAUGGUCAGACAAGUAUUCCCCCAUCGUGGGCCACAUCUUUGGGACCAGGACUCCCUGGGGAGCUGCUAAUAGUGGACAUUCCCAGAGAGAGAAAUUGUCAACAGGGCCCAAGAGAGAAAGGGGACCAUGUUGGCAGACUCGAGUCACCAGGCUCUGAGCUUGUUCCACAGCUGUGGCUCCAGGUUGACCACCUCCUUCUUCCUUGGAGUGCCCUAGUCCCAGGCUGCCCACUCCCAGGAUUCUCUGCACUUUGGUCUUUGGACUUCUCUUUGCGGGCUCUGACUUAAAGGGAGAAGGAACCACCGUCAUCUUCGGGGAGUAGAGGGCCGCCCUCCCUGCCCACCCUGGCUUCUGUGGUGGGAGCCAGGCAAGGAGAGCAGGACCUGGCAGGAGCCCACGCCUUCUGGUGCCUAUAUAGGACCAGUGUGAAGGGGACUCCAUCUCCCAGCCCCUUCGCCUUUUAAAAUGAAAGGAAAAAACAAAACUAAGCAACAACCACCAUAUUCUCUUUUUAAAAUAGGGACAAGGCUGUUAUCAUUUUUCAGAAAUGAAUCCCAUCCCUUUGGGCUCUGCAGUAGUUUGGACCACAGCUCCUUCUGAGCCCUGGUGGCCCUCCCUGAGUAUCUCCCAGAAGAAKGCAGCCCCUCUCUCCUGGCUCCCUCCUCCCAGUAAUGGCGGCUCCCUGGGGCCUUCCUGUGGAACCAUWGCUGCACGCCUCAGAGGGCUGAGGACUGUGGCCUGGCUGGCUGGCCAGCGUGGUGCUCCUCAGGACUGCAGCACYGAGACGGAACCUGGCCUCAGCUCAGGAACAGGGGCCACAGCAGGGCAGGACCCUCCUGUCUCCACAUAGGAACUCCGACCAGGCAACAGGCCUGCCUGCAGCCUUCAGACUCUGUGUGUCCCCUAGAAUGUGACUUGGGCUACAGCUCGCUGCAUGCCCCUGCCCCCUUCUUGAAUGUACUCUGGUCGCAGUGUGCUCCUGGCUCUUUGUUGCCCUCCAUCGCUCUGGCUACCCUGUUUGUUCUGGAUCUAGCAGAAUUUUCUGCCUGAGACCUGGAGCAUCACGUGGGGAAAAUGGGAGAGACCCUCAGCGUGGAUCCAGACGACGGAGCUGUCCGUACU